UGUGUUACUUCCGGUGUGAGUUUAGCACUGACAGAUGCUACCUGUUCGGCUAAAUCUGUGUUUGUGACAUGUUUUAGUGAUGGAGGACACGAAAACGCGGUAGUAAACCCACAAAGUGACGGCUUAUUUGAAGGGACGCGUCUUCCGUUUCGUUCACAAUGAGUCGACUUCCGCUGAAGAGGUUCUACAAAGAGCUGCCGGUGUGGAUAGUGGAGGACCACCACGACGUAAGGCUGCCUGCUGCCUCACAAUGCAGCGGUGGUGAGUCACAUCUACCGGGCCAUUGCAUCAAGACACCUCCCUCAGAAAGACCUAAAGAUGGUUCAUUUGGACUCCCAUCCUGAUCUGCUUAUUCCUGUCAACAUGCCCGCCGACACGGUCUUUGAGAAGGAGAAACUGUUCAGUGAGUUGAGUAUAGAAAACUGGAUAAUGCCGAUGGUGUACGCCGGCCACGUGUCCUGUGUUGCGUGGCUGCAUCCAUACUGGGCGCAGCAGAUCUGUGAGGGAGAGCACAGGAUGGCCGUGGGCAGAGACCCGUCCACCACCACCAUCAGGGUGACCAGCACGGACAACUACUUCCUCAGCGACGGUCUCUAUGUCUGUGAGGAGCAGCUGGAGAACUCUAAACCUCUCAGACUGAGCGUGGUCAAAGUCAAUCCCGUCAGAGCAGACAAGAAAGCACAGAAGGACACAACGGGGACGUGGUUUGCAAAGAGGCAGCGGACAGAGUGCUGUGAGACUGGGGAGGCCAGCUCCUCUGUGUCCGUGCAGCCAGGAGAGGGCGCCAAAAUUCAGGCAGAGCAGCUGAAAAAUGGUACAGGCCUGAUGAGAGAUGAUGAUGAUGAAGACGAAGGAUCAACCGGUUAUGUUGUGAAGAGAAUAUCUGACUGUCUCGGCGAGACGGAGCCGUACAUACUGGACAUUGACUUGGAUUUUUUCUCGUGUAAGAAUCCCUUCAAGGAAUUAUACACACAGGAAGAGUACGCGAUCCUGAAAGAGCUCUACAGCUUCACAGGACCAGGCCCUGAUGCUGAUGAGGAGGAGCUGGAUCACUGUGUAAAUCGGCGCACACAUCAGUUAGAGGAUCUGGAAGCAGCAUUUGCUGACCUCCUCGAGGACGACGGAGAAGAGACGGUUGGACGCUGGGCCGGUAAUCCCGGGAUGUCCUCACUGACCCAACUGGUUCUUAGUUUGAAGUCGAGAAACCCGUCUCCUGACUAUGAAAUGGUCCAUCAGGCCGGGUUGACCUGUGACUCUGUGGAGCUGCCUCACCACAUCAGCACGGACGAGGAGAUCGACAGACUCGUCACCGCUGUGCAGCAGUUUCUGACUCCACUGUCCAAACCCACGAUAGUCACCGUGUCCAGGUCCAGUCUGGAUGAAUACUGCCCUGUAGAGCAGGUGGAUUCAGUCCAGAGCAGAGUAUUGGCAGUGCUGGAGGACCUUUAUGGAGCACUGGACUUGCACAAAGACUAUGAGACGAGCAGCACAGGGACUCUGGACUGGCAACCACAAGCCUCUUGACGAAAAACUCUGUAUGUCACAUCUCUGAUGUUGUGGACGUGGUAUUUGUUCAACCACAGGAGAGAAAAAAGACAUGUCAGAGUCUUCGAGUAUAUUUAUGUCUUGUGUUUUACAUGAUACUGAAACAAAAGGUUCAUCUCAUAUCAUUUAAACCAUUUGUCGCCCAUUUUUCAACUACAAACUCAAGUUAGUUAACGCACUUACUCUCCUGCACCAAAGACCAUAGAGGAAAUUGCUCAUUUUGCAUCACAGCGUGCGAGGAGUUGUUGUUCAAAUGUUUUAUUUUGUGUCCCCACAGGAUAAAAAUGAUGAUUUU